UGAGUAUUCACUAAGUCAUUUGCCUAGUUGUUAUGUAUCUGUUGCGCUGCCACUAGGUGUAAAUCAUGAGAAUCGAAAGCUUUUCUCAUGUGGUCAACAUGGUUAUGAACGUUCUUCUCAUGUUAUUGAAAAGUCAUUUAUGGAGUUGCUCUAA